AUGAGUAAGUCAAGCAGCAAGGUCUCAUCUGACACAGUGCCUUCAACUACGCAAACAAAUGGUCAGAUCCUAGAGUCACCCAAUUUGAAGAGCUUUGGCUUUAGUGAACUAAAAGAAGCAACAAGUAACUUCAGACCGGGUUCUGUGUUAGAAGAAGGUAAUUUUGGUUCUGUCUUCAAAGGGUGGAUUGAUGAGCAUUCAUUAAAGCCUUCUAGGCCUGAUACAGGCAUGGCUAUUUCUGUAAAGCCUGAUACAGGCAUGGCUAUUUCUGUAAAGAUGCUUAACCAAAAUGGCUGCCAAGGUCGAGAAGAAUUGUUGGCAGAAAUCAAAUACAUGGGGUUGCUAUGCCAUCCGAAUCUUGUGAAAUUGAUUGGUUACUGCUUGGAGGAUGACCGACGGCUUCUGGUCUACGAGUUUGUGCCCAAUGGCAGCUUGGAGAAUCAUCUAUUUGGAAGAAAUUCUCACUUUCAACCACUCUCUUGGAAUCUCCGUAUGAAAGUUGCUCUUGAUGCUGCCAAGUGUCUGGCAUUUCUUCAUCAUAAGGCUGAUGUAAUAUAUCGAGAUUUUAAAACUUCUAAUAUCCUGCUUGAUUUGAACUAUAAUGCCAAACUCUAUGAUUUAGGAUUGGCUAAGGAUGGGCCAGUAGGUUGUAAGAGCCAUAUCUCUACAAGGGUCUUGGGGAGUGAAGGGUAUGCAGCACCUGAAUACAUCCGGACAGGUCACCUUACUGCAAAAAACGAUGUAUACAGUUUCGGGGUUGUACUCCUUGAAAUGUUAUCUGGAAGGCGAGCAAUGGAUAGAAGCAAGCCAUCUGAAGAACAAAAUUUGGCUAAGUGGGCAAGAUGCAUUAUCAGCAUACGCAGAACUUCCCAAGUUUUGAAUCCUGCCUUUUUAGGUGAGCAUUCGGGAAACAGUGCAUUAAAAGUAGCACAACUCGCAUACAAAUGUAUAUCAAUGGAGCCAAAGUAUCGGCCAAACAUGAAAGAUGUGGUCCAAACUUUGGAAAACCUUCAAGGACAGCAAUGACAGUGAGGUAUGCAAAAGGUCCAUGCAUUGCAAAUCAAGUAAUGGUUCUAAACAGAGCAGGAAAAAAUUCAAAUGAAGUUUGCAACAGAAAAGUUGUUUGCUGAACUUGAGGCCAUCUUCUUCUCCUGUUCUUGAGACAUUCUUCAUUAUUUGUAUUGACAUCAUGAAAAGCAGGUAGUGCUAUUGGCUGAGCGUUAUACAGGCAUGAAUAUAAGUAUUUCAUUGGUUGAUAAACAGAAGCCUAGCAGUAGCAGUAGAGCCAUUCAAUGUAAUGUCACUCCAUACAAGAAAGAUGAAUUUAGUGUACAGUUACAUUGUAUUGGUUUUUACUCUUAUCUGCUGGAUAGAUUAAUCAAAUUCAAUGUUAGAUUAUAUAAACAUGCAUCUUUACCACAA